AUGAGCUUACAAACUAUAGACUCUCAUGGAGUUCAUGAAAUUAAGAACUAUGCGAUCGAUGAGACGGGUUUGCCAAACAAAGUGACACAAAUAUUAGCGAUGAUUAAAUGUGUUGUCAAAUGUUUUGUCGAAACGAUAAACAAGAACCAAAAAUCAAUAUCACGGGAAUUGGAGACAAAGAUCCAGAUGUCUUCGGGCAAAGUGUCAAAGAUCGAGAUGAAAGUGAUCUAUAAAGUGUUCAAAUGCUCUCACAAUUGCAUUGUCGGCCGACCCAUCACUGAUUGGCAAUCAUUUUCACACGCGCUCUACUGUUUCACCGAUACCUUUCCAAUCAUUGAAUCUAACAAAUGA